GGCCCCUCCCGGGCGCCCGGGGAGACCCCGCUGCGUAGCGGGCGCGACCACCUCCGGCCUGGAAGCUCCCCAGAGCCGCGCGCAGGGGCUGAGCGGACAAGUACUCGGCGUCCGGCUGGCUUCGCUCCCACACGGGGCUGCCGACGCGGCCCGGAGACCCCCGGGCGCACGCGGAGCCCGCCCGCGCCCGCCCGCCCGCGCCCACUGGGACGAUGCGGCGCGGCCUGGCCCCCCGCGCGCGCCGCGCUGGAGACAAAGCCCGCGCGUGAGCGGCGCUCGAUCUGGCCUGAUGCUGCUCCCACCAUCUCUCACUGCCUGUUGACGUUGGGGGUGCUACAGCUUAUUAGCCUUCGGGGAGCGUGUGUGUCUACCCAAGGGUGAGCCUCAAAGCAGGAGCUCCGAACCAGCGACUCAUCUGACGUCUGUCAGCUGCUGCUGUCGCCAGCCUGUACCCUGCGCAGGCCUGUCAUCGUGCCGCCUCUCAGCAGGGGCCGCAGGAUGAAGGAAGGCAUGUCCAGUAGCAGCACCACCAGCAUCUCCCAGGCCAGGAAGGCUGUGGAGCAACUGAAGAUGGAAGCCUGCAUGGACCGGGUGAAGGUGUCCCAGGCAGCCGCCGACCUCCUGGCCUACUGUGAGGCCCACGUCCGGGAGGACCCUCUCAUCAUCCCCGUGCCUGCGUCAGAAAACCCCUUCCGAGAGAAGAAGUUCUUUUGUACCAUCCUCUGACUCCGUGUCUGGUGAAGCGCCUCCUUGUCUGUCAGUGACACCGGUGGGGACCGCAUGCUGGUGGCUUUAGGGAGCCCCCUCCUGUCCGUGGGGCUGCAGGGAGGGUCUCUCUGUCCUUUGGUUUUCUUCACUGCAUUGAUUUCACUUUUCCUUUUCAUUUUUGUGUUAUUUUCAUUAUUGGCAAAGAAAACAGACAUUUUUGUAGCCAAAUAACAAACGUGCCAA